AUGGAAGUUGUCGAAAACAUUAGAUCUGUUGUUUCUUCUCUCUUAUGGUAUGAUUUAUCACGAGUUAGUAGCAAGGUUUUGGAGACCGGACCGGUCCAACCCAUGACCGGCCACUUGUCCUAUCAGAUUAAGGUGUCAGAACCGAUAAUCUAUGAAUCAAGAUUUUCGGUUGAACCGAAAGAAAAAGAUAACAGUAGACCCCCUUCAGAUGACGAUGUAGUGGAAACACUAGUCAUUGGGUUAGCUAUGGAGUUCGAAGGAUCGUCUUCUAAUCGUGGAUCUGGACAAUCUCGAUCAUAUAUCGAUCGCAAUACUUUGUCAGGCCAUGAACGUUUGUUCCACGAUUACUUCUCAGAUCAUCCAACUGGUAUUGAAGCAUAUUCACCGUAUUUUCAACAAAGGCGUAAUGCGGCUGGAAAGUUGGGCUUGUCAUCUCUUCAGAAGAUAACAGCGUCAAUACUGAUGCUCGCAUAUGGAGUAUCUACUGAUUUGAUGGAUGAAUACAUUAGAAUUAGGGAGACAACAGCACUUGAAAGUCUGAAAAAAUUUGUCAAGUGUGUAAUUUCUGUGUUUAGUGAGGAGUACUUACGAUUACCAACUGCCGAAGAUCUUGCCAAGCUACUUGCAAUUGGUCAAGCCCGUGGCUUUCCUGGAAUGUUAGGGAGCAUAGACUGUAUGCAUUGGAAGUGGAAGAACUGUCCAAGCGCUUGGAAAGAUCUGGCCAUGGGACGUGCUCCAGCUGUCAAUUAUACAGUCAAUGGGCACAACUACACAAUGGUUUAUUAUUUAGCCGAUGGAAUCUAUCCUACCUGGGCUACAUUCGUGAAAACAAUUCUUGCACCACCAACACGCAAACUUAAGCAUUUCGUUAAAUGUCAGGAAUCUGCAAGGAAAGAUGUUGAACAUGCAUUUAGAGUCCUUCAAGCACGAUUUGCAAUUGUGCGCGCUCCUGCUCGAUUUCUUAAAACUGAUACGCUUGACGAUAUAAUGAUGGCAUGCAUCAUAUUACAUAAUAUGAUUGUCGAAGAUGAGAGAGAAUCAUAUCAACAAGUUGAUAUCUCUGCUUACGACCAAAUCAAUGAAAGUCCUCCUUUAGCAGAAACGUCAAAUGAAACACCUGAAGUCAUGAACUUCAUUAAUCGUCACCAUCAAAUCAGAGAUAGAGAAGUUCACUCUCAACUCCAAAGCGACCUUAUUGAUCAUCUUUGGAAUAUUCACAGUGAAGAAUGA